AUGGCGACAAAAUCAACAGAGGUCGUUACCACGGAGAAGAAUGAGGCGGCAAAGACAAAGCAACCUUGGCCACUAUGGAAGAAGCUGACUGCUAUUGGCGUGACCCUUGCUGUGAUCAUCGCCCUAUCAGUUGGUCUAGGCGUUGGCCUCACUCGAGGAAAGGGAGGAAACAACAACGAUGAAACCUCUAAUGCAGAGAGUGACGACUCGGUAGAACCUUAUCUCAAGGCCCGCGGCAGUCUCUGGCAACCAAAAGUCGGUGCAACCUGGCAAAUCAUUCUUCUUAAGCCCCUCAAGCUCAACAAAGACGGCACGGCUAAGAACCUCAAGCCCAACGUUGGCAUCUACGAUCUUGACCUCUAUGACAACGAUGCCAAGACUUUUAAGGCGCUGCACAAAGCUGGAAAGAAAGUCAUCUGCUACUUCAGCGCUGGAUCUUGGGAGAACUGGCGCGAUGACAAGAACCAGUUCAAGAAGGCCGAUCUGGGUAAGACGAUGGACGGAUGGCCCGAUGAGAAGUGGAUCAACCUCCGAAGCAGCAAUGUCCGCAAUAUUAUGAAGAAGCGCAUCAAGUAUGCUGCCCAGAAGGGCUGUGAUGCUAUAGACCCUGAUAAUGUCGACGGUUAUCAAAACGACAAUGGCCUUGGCUUGACUGAGAAGGAUUCCAUUGACUAUGUGAAGUUCCUUGCCGCUGAAGCUGCAAAGUACAACAUGUCAACCGGACUCAAGAAUGCUGGCGACAUUAUCAAAUCCGUUCUGCCCUUCGUUCAAUUCUCCGUCAACGAGCAGUGUGUCGAGUACUCAGAGUGUGAGACCUUUGCCGCCUUCAUCAAGGCGAAGAAGCCUGUCUUCAACAUUGAAUACCCCAAAGGUGCACCAAAGGUCAAAGAGGCCGACCGCAAAGUUAUCUGCUCUAAGAAGGGCAAGGCCAAGGGCACCGACAACUUCAGCACCGUCAUCAAAAAGCUGAACCUAGACGGCUGGGUUCAAUAUUGUACCGGUAACAUUUACAACACUCCUGUAAAGGAUUAA